UCCAGACCCCUGGGGUCUGCGGGGGUGCUGAGGCCGUGGCAUGCACUGAGCGUGUUGGGUCUCAGCCACGCAGCGAGCUUGUCGGGUCUCAAACCCACGCCUCUGUCCAUCAGCUCCCCCCCCCCCGCACCGAUGGGAGAGCGGCGGUGGGGGUCUGUCCUCCCCCACCCCGUCCCAUGUCCCCAGCCUGUCCCUACCUUGUCGCCUCGGGCUGAGCUGAGCGUGUCGGUUCUCAGCAGGCUGCUCUUCGCGCGGUGCCUGACGCCAGGGUGAUGGGCGCCCAUGCCUGGGGUGCCCAGGGCGGGUGGCGGGGACGGGUUUCCCAGCUCUGACGGGGAAGACGGCGAGCGGGAGGUCCCCGGGGAGGUGACGGGACAAGCCCGGGCUGCGUGUGAGCCAGCCCCGGGCGUGGGGAGGCGACGGGGCGGAGGACGCGCACCCAAGGCGCCCGCACCCACACGCCUCCGACGCUCGCGGCACCCGCACCCACCCUGGCCCGGCGGGGGGUACGGGGUCCCGGGGAGCCCCCCCUGCCGCCAUGAAGCGGAUGUUCUCCUGCUCCAGCUCACAGGUGGCGGUGAGUCCCGGCCCCCCCACGCCCUGGGGGGACCCCAGCCUGUCCCGGGGUUGGGGACCCCCUCCCCACCCCUCUGGAUGUGGGUAAACCCCAACCUUGGUGCCCUGCAAGCACCCAUGGGUGCUGCCACGGUGCCCAGGUGGGGCUGGAGGGGCUGCGGCCACAUUAGGGGUGAGGGGAUGCUCCAGCUGCGGUGCUCAGCACCGGUCCUGCCCCAACACCAGCUGCCAUCCUGGCCCCAAUCCCAGUCCCAAUGCCAGCUCCAAUCCCAGCUGCCAUGCUGGCCCCAAUCGCAGCCCCGACGCCGGCUGCAAUCCCAGCCCCACUGCCAGCUCCAACGCCAGUCCCAGUCCCGGCCCCGACGCCGGCUGCAAUCCCAAUCCCAGCCCUGAUGGUGGCCCCGAUGCUGGCUGCAAUCCCAAUCCCAGCCGCGAUACCGGCCCAGCUGCUGGCUGCAUUCCCAACCCCAAGCCGAGCCCCGAUGCCAGCCCGGCUCCAAUCCCAAUCCCAGCCCCGAUGCCGAUGGGAUGCUCAGCCCGAGCUCUGGUGCCCAGCCCCGGCGCUUGCCCCCCGUCCCGGCCCCGCGGUGGGUCCCGGCGCCGGGCCCCGGUGCCCACCCACGCCCGCACCCCGGCACGGCGCGGCGGCACCCCGACAAACCAGCCGGGCAGGCGCAGGCAGGGACACGCUCGCCUGCCUCGCCUCGCCUUCCCCGGCCGGCGCCCAGGGCCGGGCUCUGCGGGGACUCGGGGUCCCCGGCGCCCCAUCCCCGAUGGAGCAUCCCAGCAAGUGGGGAAACUGAGGCACGGCUCUGCGCCGCUGCAGAGGGAGGCACUUGGGGAGCGGGGGGGGGGGGGCACGGCUCAAAAGAGGGGUCACCCCCAAAGCGCUGCGUCCACCGUGGCCCUUCUGCCUGGAGAGGCCGUGCCUCGGUUUCCCUGGCAGGGAAGGGUGGGGGUCCCAUCCCUGCAGCCCCCCUGGAGCCGCUCGCUCGCCGCCACCCCCCCGCCGCACCCCCACCCCCCCCCCAGGUCGAGAGCUGGAACAAGCAGGACCAGAAGCUUUUGGAGGCGGUGGAGAAGGGGGACGUGGGCAGGGUGUCCACCCUCGCCUCCCGCAAAACGGCCCGGCCCACCAAGCUCAACGCCGUGGGACAGUCCGCUUUCCACCUGGCCGCCUCCAAGGGUCUCACCGAGUGCCUGUCGCUGCUGCUGGCCCACGGGGCCCCCGUUAAUGAGAAGAACGAUGACGGCAGCACCGCUCUGCACCUCGCCACCAUCGCCUGCCAGCCCCAGUGUGUCAAGGUCCUGCUGCAGUAUGGUGCCAACGAGAGCCACGUGGACAGGCAGGACCGAACCCCCCUGCACUGGGCUGCCUCCUCGGGCUGCGCCUCCAGCGUCCUGCUGCUCUGCGACCACGAGGCCCUCCUGGAUGUCACCGAUGCUCAUGGGCAGACCCCCCUGAUGCUGGCGGCGCGGGGGAACCACGCUGCCAUCUGCGCCCAGCUCCUGCAGCGAGGGGCCGACCCCCGCCUGGCCGACAAGGACAAGAAGACCGCCCUGAUGCUGGCCCGCGAGUGCGGCAGCCUGGAGUCGGCCCAGCUGCUGCUGAGCCACGGCGCGGCCGCGGGGGACGCGGGACAGACCCCCAGCCGCGCGCUCCGGCAGGCCCUGCGUGGUGCGGGGACAGAAAACGGCACCGGCUGUGCGGGGGAACCCGCAUCACAGGGGGGAAGCCAGGGAGAGGGGACCCCGGGCAGCGACAGUGAGGAGGAGGAGGAUGAAGAGCAGCAGGAUGGGUGCGAUGCCCAGCGGGUGCGGCGGCUGCAGGAGCGGCUGGCGAGGAAGACGCGGGAAUGCCAGCGGCUGGCGGCUGCCGCCAACAGCGUCCGGCAGCGGGUGCGGGAGCUGGCACGGCUCCUGCCGGGAUGCGAAGCCGGGAACGGGGCGGAGGAUGAGGAUGAUGCCUGCCUCGCCCUCUUGGCCCAGCACCUGGAGGAGCUGAGGAAGAGGAUGAUGGCCGAGCAAGAGGGGGAUGGAGGACACCAAACCGCGGCGCAGCUCGACGGCGAUGAGGGAGCGCCGGCGCUGGCCCCGUUCCUGACCUGGCUGGGGGACGAGUGUGCCAAAAUGCGGGCGGCGAAGGCGAGCGCCUUCACCCGGAGCAAGGGGCUGCGGAAGGAGGUGGAGGAAGCCCUGCGGAGCAAACUGCACUACGAGGUGGUGUCGGCCGACGCCGUCCGGAAAAGCCUGGCGGCUUGGGAGAAGAUGGUGGUGGGGCUGGAGCAGGUGCUGAGCCGCGCCGACGAGGCCCACGCCAAGAUGCUCAAGGGAUCCCGUGUCCUCCUGGAAAACCUCCAGCGGGAGCCGGCGCAGCCGCUCGCCGGGACGUCGCCUUGCCGGUGCCCAGCGAACGGCCCGGAGCCGGCUCUGGGUGGGAAGAGCCGAGCGGAGCUGCCGAAGGAGGGUGGGAGCUUGGAGAAGGAGAUGCUGGAGCUCAAGGAGAGCAACGGGAUGCUCCUGGGGGAGCUGGCCCGGCUGGGGCGCGAGCGGGAGCGGCUGCAGGAGGAGCUGCGGGGGCUGCGGGAGCAGGAUCCCGGUGCUGAACCAGCGGUGGAAGGUUCCGGAGCGGCCGCGCUGGCCCGGGCGCUGGCAGCCGAGCGGGAGGAGGUGGCGAGGCUGCGGCGAAAGCUGGCGGUGCAGCGGCGGGAGCUGGCGGCGCUGCGGGACGGGGUGGGCGAGAGGGUGCGGGAGGCGGCCGGUGACGCCGGCGCCGGCAUCCUCCAGGAGCUGCACCGUAAGCUGGACGGGCUGGUGAGGUCCCAGCACGAGGCCUUGCAACUCGUUGCAGAGAUGGAGGAUGACGAUGGCACCCCUGGGGACAGGGAUGGGGCAGGGCUACUGGGCGAGCUGGAGGAUGCACUGGGCGAACUGGUUGAGUUGCUGGGGACGGCAGCGGGUCCCCGCAUGCCGCCGCUGCUGGAGAGGCUCGCCGGCAUCGCCGGCGCCCUGCGCAGCCAGGAGCUCCCCGGGGAGCAGCCGGGGAGCGAGGCCGAGCGGUGGCGGGCGGCGGCGGCGGCGGAGAGGCAGGCGAAGGAGGCGGCGGUGGCCCGGGCGGCCGAGCGGGAGCGGGAGGCGCAGGAGCUGCGGGACAAGGCGGAGGGGCUGGAGCGGAUCGUGGGCAGCCUGCGGGCGAGGGUGGGCGAGCUCGCCAGGGCCUGCCGGGACAAGGAGGGGAAGAUGAAGAAGCUGCUGGCGGAGACGGAGAAGCUGUCGGCGGAGGUGCUGGGGCUCCGCGGCCAGAGCGCCCGGCUCCAGCUCCAGCUGGAGGUCCAGCAGAAAAACCACCGGGACAUCGUGGCGGUCUAUAGGAGCCACCUGCUCAGCGCUGCCCAGGGCUUCAUGGAUGAGGGGGUGCAUGCCAUGCUGCUGCGGAUCCUGCGGCUGGAGGAGUGAGGGGCGGGGGGUGCCCCCACAGCCCCCCCCAAGCCAUUAAACUGGAAAAGCCGCCUGUCCCAGUCCCGUGUCCCCGUCCGGAUCUGGGCGCAGGGUGGGGCGAGGUGGGGGUCCCAGUGAGGGGGGGCGAUGAGACACCCCAGGAGGGCUCACAGCACCCACCGUGUG